UGCCAAUUGCCCAAUUUCAAACCGUGAGAGACUGGCACUAAUUUAAUUUUAUCCGGACGGAAGUGGCCUUUUGGCUUUUCUUUCGUGACCUUAUGACUUGCCUUUUCUCGACAACAUGGAAAGCAAAUCAAGUAAAAAGACCGCGAAAAAGGAAAGCCAGCCCGAAAUUUCCCUUGGAGAAGUUAAAACGAAGGUUAUUUCCAAGGAUCCAUCGAAGUGGAGCGUAGAAUGCCUUCAGAAGUGCUUACUUAAACUUGAGCAAAGUGUGUCUGGAUCGAAGGAACUCUUGGUCAAGAGAAUCGUUAACCUAAAAAAAACCCACUGAUCUUGGAUAAGAUUAUAUUAAGGAGAAAGAAAUCCUUCAAGUUCAAAUCACGGCUCUUAGUACGCAACAUUCCGCCACCAGAAGCAACCUGGACAUCAGAUUCAAGUCAUUAUCCAAAGGUUACAGGUGCCAUGAUCAAAAAUUAUCAAGCUCUCAAGCGCCAAGGUAGCCUAGGUCAGUACCGGAAAGCUCUCCGCAUGUUCAACAGCAGGAAAGUUAAAACCGUUAAAGUCUGCAAAGAAGGAAGUUCUAUUUUCGUAAAAGCACAUAUAUUUAAAAGUUUUACACCUACAAACAAUGGAGUAACAAGACCUGCAGUUGUUCUGUUCCAGGAUGGUACACCUAUUAAGGGCCACUGUGAAUGUGCAGUGGGACUUUCAGGGUUAUGCUGUCAUGUUGUUUGCUUACUGAUAUAUCUGCAACAUUACACCAGCCAUGGAGUUAAAUUUCUUGCUCUUACUUGCACUCAGAAAAUUCAAAAGUGGCACAGAAAGGGUGUAACAAAGCAAACUGAGCUGUGUCAUGUACCUCUGUCCCAACUCCGAAAUGUGCGAUCAUCCAGAAAGACACUGGACAGUUCACGCCCAAAAAGAAAGUUGAAUGUUUCAAAUGACCAAGCCUUGUCAGAUGAGUCAUUGGAGAAAAAUGAUUGGUCGAAACGUGAUAUCGAUGGAAUGGUAUCUAGAAUCAGAAAUGGGAUUCAAGAAACUAAGGUUAACAUUGAGAGCCAUAUCUAUGACCAGCUAAAGAAAUAUGAUGUGAAAUCUGGGCUUUUUGAGCAGCUGCAUUACAAUUAUAAUUACAGAUUAAAACAAGCCCUUCAAGAUCACAACUAUGCAAAGGACUGCUUUCAUGAUGAGCAAGUGCUAAAGCCAAGAUUUUCUGCGAAUGAUUGUGAUGUUUGGCAUGCACCUUUGCUAUUGACUGAUAACAUUGUUGAAGAUCCAAACACUGAAGAUGAUCAGCUUGUCACAGGAAUGUUAGCCCCAGCUGAGGAUCAACAUGCCCCUGGUGCUUCAGUGGCAAAGAAUCAAACUAUGUAUGAACAUGAAACAGUACAUUUGUAUGUUAAGCAGUUAGAAGGUAUUGUUGAGGCUGCUAAGGGUAAUCUUGUUAGUGAGGGGGACAAAAAUACCAAAGUUCUGUCCAUAUCAGUUCCUCCCUUGAAACCAGUUUAUGCAUUUGGCUUUAAUUACCAUGAAGUCAAACAAAAUACCCAAGAAUGGUUUCAUCUCCGUAUUGGAAAAGUAACCUGCAGUAUAAUAGGUAAUCUGAUUGGACUUGCUGGAGAGAAAGAGCACUUGCAUUAUUUAUUAUGUGUCAAAAACAAAAUAGAUCCUAAUAAAGUUAACCCAAAGAAAUUUGCUAGUUUUACCAGAGGUAGACAGUUUGAGGGUGAAGCUGUUGAAGCUUUUGUAACAGCAACAAAACUGCCAGUCACUUCAUGUGGUUUUUUUGCCCACCCAAGUGAUAUUAACUAUGGGGGAAGCCCAGAUGGUGUUGGCCUGGGUUUUUUAUUGGAAGUUAAAACAAGGGUGGCAGGGAGUGAGGGACCUCUCAUCGCUAUAACAGCUAACCAUCUUCUCCAGACAAAUUACCAGAUGGCAAUCACUGGAGCAACUAUUGUGUUUUUGCAAUCCUAUCAUCCUGAAACAAAAAGCUUCAAUCUAUUUUUAAUACAGAAAAACAACUUGCUUCUCACUGUUACAAAAACCAUCAUUGAUCACAUGAUCACUGAAAGUAUUAUCUGUGAAUGGCCUCAUGAAGAGAACAAACUCCUUAAAAAGCUGGGUGAGCUGAAUGUUGGCAGGGUGCCAACCUUUCAAAGCACAAAACCAUUGAGAUCAUGGGUAAAAGAAGAAGCCAAAAAAGUAAUGAAAAUCGACAUAAACUCUUCAGAUUAAUAAUCUCAAAUUUGUCUUAAAAAUA